AUGCUUUCAAUAUUGUGGCUAUUUGUGAGCUAUUUUCUAUGUUUUUCAAAUGCAGUAAUGAUUGACGAUGCAUUUGGUUCAAGAGAAUCGAUUAAUUACCUAUAUGGAGGGUCCUUGAACAACAUUCAUUUGUUGAAAAAUAAUAUACUUGUUGGCACCAACACUUACAAUCAACUACUCGGAAUUGAUGUUUUAAAUCACGAUUCAAUUAAAUGGAAGAUUAAUAUAAAUGAGUUAGAAAAAAGUAAUGUGAUAUCGACUGGUAGUCAUAUCUAUGUAUAUGGAUCUAGUCAAGAUAUUUACCAAAUUGAUAAUCUUGGUAAUUUAGAAAUCAUUGAGUUAGGAUCUAUUCCUAAAAGUUUGCACGAUGGGAAAUAUGGAUUGUUUAUUAUUGAUUCAGAGAAUGUACUUAAAUAUUACAAUGGAGAAUUUCAUACAAUCGAUGACAAUGCUUCUUCUAUCAGAGUUGAUCAAAACAAAGGGUACAUAUAUCUUCUAGUUAAUGAUAAAAAAUUGAUUAAACUUUCCAAAACCGGACAAGUUGUAUUUACUACUGAAAUUGAAGUUGGAUCAAUAAAGGAAUUCAAUAAGGGAAUUCUCCUAACUGGGAAUGAUCAAAUAUUCAAAUUUGAUGAACACGAUAAAAUAUUUAAAAGAAUUGAAAAUGAUUCAUUUAAAAACUUGGUAAUUGUUGACAAUAAUUUAUUGUAUGCCACAUUGAAUGAUGCUGUGCAGUUGAUCCACGUUACUAAGAAUCAAAAGACUGAAUUACUUGAAGUUAUCAAACUCAAACCAAAUGCAAAAGUCGAGUUAUUUACUACUCCCUUGAAUGCUUUUCUUGUUGUGUCCUAUCAAAACUUGAAACAGGUUCAUGACUUGACAGAUCUUCUUGAUACCAAAGAUGCAAAAAGUAUCAAACAGCUUAUUCUCAAACUGUCAUUGGAUUUCCCACACCUGCUUGUUUCUAUAAACAAAGAUCAAUUGAAUCUUUUGUUGAUCAAUGACCAAUUGGUUGGAGAAGUAUACAGUUUAUUUGAUGGUUCUAAAGUAGAGUCUAUUUAUCCACAGUUCCAUCAAUACUCCUCAAAGGCUAACAAAUACAUUAUUGUUGAUGAACCCGAAUCAGAGAGCAUCAAACAUGAACUUGAACUGAUUCUUCAUGAAGGUGAUGGUGUAUAUGUUUUAACAAAUUGGAUUCGUAGAGUUACAAGACACUUGGCUGAGCUUGGCAAAUUUAUUUCGUCAUUUAACUAUAAAAAUUUGUUUACUUCAAAUGAAUCAAUUGGAUUUGUCAAAUUAAUUGUGUUUUAUGAUGAAGAAUACAAAAAGUUUGUUGCUGUAAAAUCAAAUAACUUUGAAAUUUCUUGGGAAUUACCAAUUGAAGGGGAUUUUAUUACAUUGCGUCAAAUUAGAAAUGGGAACAUUAUUGGAAUCUUCAAAUCAACAAUCAUAGAAAUUAACACUGCUGAUGGAUUAAUCGUUAACAAAACCUCAAACGAUUCUGGAUUUUUUGAUGUAUUUGAUGUGAAAGGUGUUUUGGGAUUUGAAAACAAACACGGAUUCCAAUUAUCAGCACCAGUUGAUACAAAUACAUUUUUCAAGAAAGUUAUUAGCAGUGAUGAAGUUGCUGGAUUUGUUAUUCCAGCAGGUUCCUUAGAUUCUAAAAAGACAUGGUCUUUCAAACUUGACGAAAACAUUGUUUCUUGCAAAAAUAUACCUGCAGAUUCUACUACUUCUUCUUUGGGGAUUCCAUUAGCUGAUAAAUCGGUAUUGUAUAAAUACUUGAAUCCAAACACCAUUUCAUUGUUGACUUUUGGAAAAUCAUUAAAGUUUCAUUUGAUAGAUGGAAUCACGGGGAACUUGUUAUAUUCUUAUACUCAUGAUACUUCAGAAACCGUGGAUCUUGAUUCGAUAAGUCUUGUUAUGGAUGAUAAUUGGAUUGUGUAUUCUUAUUUCACCAGUGAACCAAGACUUGAACAGAGAAUAAAUGUUGUUGAUUUAUUUGACGCUCAAUUUUCAUCUGAUGCUUCUGGGAUCGCCUCGCUGAAAACAAUCGAUAAAGUAUCCACUAAGUCAUUUAUUUAUCCAGAACGUAUUGUACAAUUGCAAUCAACUAGAUCUUUAUAUGGUAUUACCCUCAAAUCUAUAGUUGCACUCACCGAACUGGGAAGUUUGAUUGAAAUUCCUAAAUUCAUUUUGAAUAGUAGAAGACCAGAACAUGAAGUUAAAGCUGCUGAUUAUGGUAAUGAUUUUAACAUGGUACCUUAUGAUCCAAUAAUUGCUAAAACAACAUUCCAAGUUUUGAAUCAUAAAUAUCAAUUAAACAGCGGUAAUGAUGCUGGUGCUAAAGGGUCCAUACUUGUGAAACCGACAUUAUUUGAAUCAACAUCAGUGAUUUGUUAUUUUAAUAAUGAAAAUCAAUUUUGUAGUGUGAUUCAACCUUCAUCGUCAUUUGAUUUAUUGAAUAAAGGUUUUGAUAAAAUCAAAUUGCUGAUUACUAUUGUGGUAUUAUUUGCUGGAUUUAUUAUUUCAAAACCAUUUGUGUUUAACAAGAUAUUAAAUGCUCAAUGGAUAGAUAGAAAAUAG